AUGAUUAUUAAAGUGAGAGAUCACUCAAACCACUUUUUGAUUGAUAUAGUUACUCGUCUUAUAUAUCAUUUCAGGAUAAACGACGAGUUCCGAGAUGUAAAACUGAGCGAUUUACGCGUUCUGGCUACCCUUGGUGUUGGUGGAUUCGGCCGAGUCGAGCUGGUGCAAAUUCAAUCAGACACCCAGCAGCGUUCCUUCGCUCUGAAACAAAUGAAGAAGAGCCAGAUUGUAGAAACCAGACAACAACAGCACAUUAUGUCAGAAAAGGAAAUAAUGUUCGAAGCCGAUAGCGAAUUCAUAGUCAAACUUUUCAAAACCUUCAAAGAUCGCAAAUAUUUGUACAUGCUAAUGGAAUCAUGUUUAGGAGGCGAGUUAUGGACAAUUUUGCGUGACAAAGGACACUUUGAUGACGCCACUACAAGGUUUUAUACAGCCUGCGUCGUGGAAGCAUUUGAUUAUUUACAUUCGAGAAAUAUCAUAUACAGAGAUUUAAAACCUGAAAAUUUACUCUUGGAUAUAACUGGUUAUGUUAAACUGGUAGAUUUUGGUUUCGCCAAGCGUCUGCAACCUGGUAGGAAAACUUGGACUUUUUGUGGUACCCCAGAAUAUGUAGCUCCUGAAGUUAUAUUGAAUAAAGGCCACGAUAUUUCUGCUGACUAUUGGUCAUUAGGUGUUCUUAUGUUUGAACUUUUAACAGGCACUCCGCCUUUCACAGGAUCAGAUCCUAUGAAGACUUACAAUAUCAUUUUGAAAGGCAUAGAUGCUAUCGAAUUUCCCAGAAAUAUUACCAGAAACGCUAGUGCACUGAUUAAAAAAUUAUGCAGAGAUAAUGCAGCAGAACGAUUAGGAUAUCAGAGAGGAGGAAUUAGCGAGAUUCAAAAGCAUAAAUGGUUUGAUGGUUUCAACUGGGAAGGUCUACGCAGUAGAACUCUUCAACCUCCAAUAAUGCCUCAUGUAACCAGUGUCAUCGAUACCACCAACUUUGAUGAUUACCCACCAGAUGCCGAUGGCAUUCCACCUGAUGAUGUUACUGGAUGGGAUGAAUUCUUCUAAAGUAGCUAUUUUGAACUUAGACCGAUUUUAAAUAACAAGAGCAGUUAAAGUAAGAGUCAAAAUUUAACUUAAAUAAUAUUAAAGUUACAAACGUUUCGAUAUUAUAAUUUGUCUCAUUAUCAGUGUAAAUAUAUAUUCAAAUGA